CAAGUCUCCGUCAGUCUGUCAUCUUAUUUCUCGUUGCAAUGAAGUUUAUGCCGUUGUUGGUCGUCUCGCUGUUGGCGCUCCUCUCCCUCCUGGUCAGUGGGGGCGAUGCACGCAGUACUUUGAAAAUACCCAAAAUUACCGUCAGAAAUGGCGAUAUCAUUGUUCACGGCAACUGCAAUGGCUGUACGCUCCGUGCCACCAAAAACACGGCACAGUUAUCAAUAAAAUUGAAGAGCAAAACCACCUACAGGGGUUAGGAUAGAUAUACAUCCAUAUAAGAGUGUAUUUUAGUAGUGGAGCUUGUCUGAUUCCUCAGCACUCUGUGUGUAAGCCUUGUGAUAAGUUAAUAAAUGUACCUGAAAUGGUUUUCAAGUUCAGCCAA